AUGAAUGGGACGACAGAGCCCUGCAUCUCACCUGCUCGUGUCGUGCAGCAUUGGUACUUUGUCUACCACCAGUGCAAUUCUACGGUCCAGCACAUGGGAACGCACGCGCUGAACACACAUUGA